AGGGAGUGGCCACUUAUGUAGGAAGUGGGAAUUAAGAAGGAGGCCCCGAAUCCAGUAGACGGGGAUGGUCUUUUUAGCAAUAAAUUAGCGAUUGGUGAAUGACGGAACAGUUGAUCGGGGAAACAGCGUUGGAGGUGUAAUCUUAAAGCACUUGUGGACUCACUAUGCUGGCAAGGGAUAGAAUCAGAGUUUUGCAAGAAAGUUGACAAGAACUCUGUUUUUGUCUUAUGUGAAUACUGCUGUACCUGUCAUAAUGACCCCCAAACUCUGUCUCUGUACUGCUGUUUGAUAAUGUUGGUUUGGUAUGGCUACUACUGACGAAUCCUAUGUGGAAGGACAAAAUGGGAGUUUAGUGUCUUACAUGAUUGACAUAGUGGAAAAGUGGACCGGCUUGGAAAUUUUGGAAGGUUCCCUGAAUUACUUGGACUACCUUCUGUGGGUUUUCACUCCCCUCAUCAUUGUGUUCAUUUUGCCAUUGUUUAUUAUUCUGUUCCUAUACCUUUCCAUUCUUUUUCUACACGUGUACAAAAGAAAGAGAGAACUGAAAGUAGCUUAUUCGAAUAAUGUUUGGGAUGGAGCACGGAAGACUUUGGCAACCCUGUGGGAUGGCCAUGCAACGAUAUGGCAUGGUUACGAAGUUCAUGGUUUGGAAAAGAUUCCUGAUGCAGGGCCUGCCCUGAUUGUUUAUUAUCAUGGGGCCAUACCUGUAGACUAUUACUAUUUUUUAGCUAAAGUAAUUAUACAGAAAGGAAGAACCUGCCACUCUGUAGCUGACCACUUUCUUUUUAAGUUACCAGGCUUUAAAUUAUUGUUGGAAGUUUUUAGUGUUAUGCAUGGCCCACAAGAAGAAUGUGUCAAAGCUUUGAAAAGUGGUCACUUACUAGCCAUCUCACCAGGUGGAGUCCGUGAAGCACUGUUUAGUGAUGAGACUUAUGGCAUAUUCUGGCGUGGUCGGAAGGGUUUUGCUCAAGUGGCAAUUGAUGCUCAAGUGUCCAUUAUUCCUAUGUUUACACGGAAUAUUCGAGAAGGGUUUAGGACAUUUGGAUGUUUUGACCAGGAAUCUCUCCCAAUCUUAUUGCCUGCCAUUACUACCAUCUAUGUUGGUAUAUGUAAAUGGUUGUAUGAAAAAUUUAGAUGGCCAUUUGUUCCAAUUUAUGGCGGUUUUCCUGUCAAAUUUUGUACCUACUUGGGAGAUCCAAUUCCUUACGAUCCCAAUAUAACUGCUGCUGAACUGGCUGAAAAGGCAAAGCAAGCUGUGCAGGGCUUAAUAAACAAACACCAAAAAAUACCAGGAAAUAUACUUCGAGCCCUUUUAGAACGUGUUCGCUGGAGGCAAAAAGAUGAAUGAUUUUACACUUUACAGAACACAUUUCAGUGAACGCUUUUUAAACCAUUUUCUUCACAUUCUAAAGUAUCUACAACUAUUCAAAUACUUAAUAAUGGUUGCUGUUAUACAUUAAAAUUAUUUUGUUGAAAAAGUCUUGCACCAGUAUUAAUGUUACUUGACUUUCUAACAGUUUUAGUACUAAAUGUGGCAUAGCACGUUAGACUGCCAUUAUACAGCAUCAGAGUGAGGAAAAACAUUGGCUCACCUGCCUACUUCUAAUAUGUUUUCAUCUCCGUGUAUGUCAUGGAAAGAUACUAAAUAAAGACUCAACAUCUCCCUUGCAAUUUCAAGGUAGAUUGACCGGAGUCAAAUUGCUUUCUACAUUUAGAAUUUGGUUGGGGAAUGUCAAUGAUAGAGUACAGGAUUUGCUGCAUGAGAUGGGACUUCUUAAGAUCUAUACAGAGGGGGAAAGAUGGUAGUGAAGUAGAUCAAUUUUAUGUUCACA